AUGGCUCGCUGCGGGCGACCGUCUGUCGCUGGCGUCGUCGCACUCGUCGCCGGGCUCGCUGCGAUCAGCCUCCUCGCGACGCACGCCAGCGCAGACGCGUGUGCCUCCGUGGACUGCGGGGCAGACGCCUACUGCCUGGCGCGCGAGGAUGGGCCGCCCGUGUGCCUCUGCAACUAUGCUGGCUAUGCUUUCAACCACACGAGCAAGACAUGCACUGGUGAGUGGUGGGGGUGUGGGCGAGCAGUGGGAGUGUGGUGCGUGGCACAAGAUGGGCAGGCGCAGUGCCAGUGCCCCGGGCUCUACAUCAUGCAGAACGGCACCUGCACGGACGGUUUGCUGCAGACGGUGGUGCAGGUGGAGGGCCGUGACAGCAUGGAUCUGCUCUCCUUUGAGAGCCCUGUGCCCAUGCCGCUCGCCACGGGCGCCAUCGCCUGCUCCAGCAUCAGCGACCUGGGCGGCAGCACCACCAAGAUCCAAGUGGGAUGGACGGGCUAUGCGGAUUUCACGGCUGGCAAGGGCAUGUGCAAGAGCGUCUCGUUUCACGCCGACCCGCUGUGUGCGGAGAAUCCGGGUUUGACCAUCGCCCGCCCUGCGAUGCUCCGCAAUGCCUUCCCCGACACAAAAGCGUGA